UGUAACAACUUUUGCAUUAGGAGAUCAAGAGAGUAGAAGUUUGUACAAGUCCAUUCUCAAGAGCUUCAAAGAAGAAAAAAAGGGGGCUUAAAGCGAAAGUGAAAAGACAAAAUAAAAGGUCUUUCUCUAGUGAGUAAAAUAGAGAGUAGAAAGCAAAUUAAGCCAUUUGAAUACUUUUGAUUUUAUCUUUAGUGAAAGAGAGAUGAAUGAAGGGAUUCUUCCGGUGCAGCAAAUGGUGGCCACCGGCGCCAACAACUGGUUCACCACUAACGGCCACCCUUUGCUGCAAAAUCAUACCCCUCAGCCUCACCAAUCACCCGCGCCACCGCCUCUCUCGUGCCCUGCCUCUCAGGAGUUUCCACACUCAUGGAGCCAACUAGUCUUAGGGUUUUCCGGAGAAGAUGAUAAGACUAUGGAGCAACAGGCGACCUACGUCGGAAAUCUUGAAUUCAGGCCUCCCAAAUCAUCCGAGAUUUUGAUGAAGUGCAAGAGUGGAGCUGCCAAGAAAUCGAAGAUGAAUCCAACAACUAAUUCAACCCAAUCUGGCAUCAAGGUGAGAAAGGAAAAACUGGGAGACAGGAUUACAGCCCUUCACCAGCUCGUCUCCCCUUUCGGCAAGACUGACACAGCUUCAGUGUUGUUGGAAGCAAUUGGAUACAUUAGAUUCCUUCAACGUCAAAUUGAGGCCCUUAGCCAACCGUACUUGGCCACUGGAUCAGGAAACAUCACCCAAGAGAAAUGUGAAGAAGAGGCGAAGAAGGAUUUAAAGAGUAGGGGGCUGUGCUUGGUUCCAUUAUCAUGCACACUAGAUUUUGGGAGUGAGAAUGGAGCUGAUUAUUGGGCUCCAUCUUAAAUUUCAUGAGCUUGACUGUUCAUGAUGAUGAUAUGCAUUUUUUUAGUUUAGAUUAGGUGGGAAACGUAAUGUUGCACGUGCUUGCAACCUUCAAUUAAUUAGUAUCCUAAACCACAAUUUAGAAUAUCUUUAUGUAUAAUUGUGUUUUCAGUGAACAUAUGGUCCACGAAACAAUAACGCUCUUGGAACAUUUGUAAUAAAGUUUUAGGGGAUUGAUCCCUAAUUUGGAUA